GACUUGUUACUAGUAAACAACAUGGCGUCCGCGUGGAUUGAAAAAUUGAAGAAAGCACAGAAAACUUGUAUGAUACAAGAUGGAAGAAGAAAAAUUCAUUUUGUAUUCCCUGAUGGGACAGAAAUGGCAGAGGAGUACGACAUCAAAUCAUCAGAACUUGUUUUGAGAAAAUGGAGAAGAAGAGCAACAUUAGGAGUAAAAGAAUCUAAAUGGGAAUUUGAAGUUGGUGAAGACCUUCUAGCAAGAAACGUAGACUCUGAAGGACUACUAGAGAGUGCAGCAAAUCCAAUAUUUGCCAGAAAAGACACACUUUCAUCUUACCAGUGGAGAAUUAGAAAUCUUCCAUAUUCAAUAGAAACCUACAAUGUAACUGUUGAACCUGAAAACCGCACAAUCACAGUCAGAACUACAAAUAAAAAAUAUUUCAAGAAGAUUUCCAUACCUGACAUGGAUAGAGUACAAUUUCCACUCCAACAGAGUGCUUUGAGUAUUGCCCAUGCAAAUAACACCCUCAUAGUUACAUACAAGAAGCCGAAGGAAAUUCUACAGAUGGAAAAGGAGAUCCAAGAAGAGUUCAAGAAGUUAAAGGCCUCGAAAGAUGGUGAUGUAGAUUGCACUCCGAGCUGAUCAGAUUAUUCGGAAAUUAAAUGUUAAAUUCCAGAUCAAUGUGAUCGAACAUCUGUGAUGCUAAACAACUGUUGAUGUAGCGAAUGUGCAAGAAAAUGGAAGUCCAAAAACUGCCUUAUAAUAUUGUUCUGGGCAGUAUCGGCUGAUUUACCACAUUCAACAAUUCUAUAUGUAUUAUUAUUUAAUACCUGAAUUAAAAAAUUGAAUAAAGGUUGAGUUUA